GCUGGGGGCUGGAGGCAGUCCGCUUUCUUUUUUUAUUUCUUGACGGUAUCGUUUGUCGACAGUUUUUCAGUUUUUUGUUGAUUUGCAAAGUACCAUGACUGAACAGUCCGCUCUACUCCUUCGGAAACAACUGGCAGAGCUGAAUAAGAACCCAGUUGAGGGCUUCUCUGCUGGCCUGAUUGACGAUGACAACAUCUACAAGUGGGAGGUGGUCAUCAUUGGACCCCAGGACACACUCUUUGAGGGUGGUUUCUUCAAGGCGUACCUCACCUUCCCGUAUGAUUAUCCUCUGCGGCCGCCGAAGAUGAAAUUCAUCACCGAGAUAUGGCAUCCCAACGUGGCUAAGAAUGGUGAUGUAUGCAUCAGUAUCCUGCAUGAGCCUGGAGAAGACAAGUUUGGCUAUGAGAAGCCAGAGGAACGCUGGCUGCCGAUCCACACAGUGGAGACCAUCAUGAUCAGCGUCAUCUCCAUGCUAGCCGACCCCAACAGCGACUCACCCGCCAACGUAGACGCAGCCAAAGAGUGGCGUGAGGACCCUAACGGAGAGUUCAGGAGGAAAGUGGCUCGCUGCGUACGGAAGAGUCAAGAGAUGGCCUUCGACUAACACACACACACACACCAUGAUGAGCAAACACACGUUAAAGUUCCGGUGUGUGACUAGGAGAGCCAGUGAGGAGGCCACACCCACUCAGCAAUUGUAAAUAAAGGAGCUGUGACCAGUCAGCCAAUCACAGGCCCCGGUCGCGACCAGUGAGCCAAUCAUAAGCCACGGUCCACUCCUACCCUCUACUCCACUCCUUCUUAUUCUCUCUCUCUCUCUCUCUCUCUCUCUCUCUCUCUCUCUCUCUCUCUCUCUCUCUCUCUCUCUCUGGUCGCUCUGUCCAUCUCUCUCUUCAUGAGUCGGGAGAGGACAAGUUUCUAAUGAUUUAACGUAUUCUCUCUCUCUCUCUCUCUCUCUCUCUCUCUCUUUCUCUCUUUCUC